AUGCGCAGGUAUCCAAAAAAUCUACUUAUUUUUCUAGCGUUUUUCAUAGUUUUCUUCAAAAUUAUCCCAGAAAUUUUGGAAGUUUGGGGACCUUUAGAAAUCAAAUAUGAUUCAAAUAUUUUCAUCUACUCAGCUUAUUAUUAUCCAAAUUCCAAAUCGUAAGUUUUUUUGAAACUUCGUAUCUGAAAAUUUGAAAAUUUUAAUUCAGACUGGGUGAAAAUGCCAUAGCUAUAAAUAUGGUGAUCGAUCAAAAUGCUUUUGAUAAGCCAGAAAAAUUGAAAAUUCAUAUUAUUGGAGAAAAUUCGACAACUUUUGAUAAUUUUGAAGGGAGGAUUCAGAUGUGAGUUUUAAAAUUCAUUUUUUUAGAAUUCCUAAAAAAUCUGCCACGUCAUAAAUUAUUUGAAAGAAAAGUUCAAGUAGUCCAAUUCCCAUCGUAAUUUUUCCAGAGACGGGAUUCAAGUGUGCAGUCUGAUAACUACAGUACUUCUAACCAAUACCCUCCCCAAUCUGGAAACCCUAAAAAUCCAAUCUGGCUCCCAGGAAAUUGAGAUCCCGUUUCGUUCUCCAAAAUUCACCUCUCCAUCUCCUGUCAUAAUCUGUAUUUCUCCGCAAUUUGUCGCCGAACAAUGGCAACUUUUUCUCUUCCACAUUCAUGUGAUUAGAAAAUUCAAGGGACACGCACAUUUUUAUAUAACUAGUAUCGUUGAUACGUAUUUUGAAAUGGUCUCCAAAUAUGAAGAACUUGGCUGGAUUACUAUAGACUUUUGGAAUCGCAUUGAUUUUGGAGAUGAAUCGGAGCCAAUGAGAAAUGUUGAGUGGAGAAAUCAAGCUGGAGCUCAAACCGAUUGUCUUUUGCAGUACAAAGAAGUUGCAGAUUAUAUCGCAUUUUUUGAUUUGGAUGAUAUUCUGAUUCCUGAAUCUCAUCCAACUUAUAUUCAAGAAUUCACCCAUGAAUUUUCACUUUAUCCCGAAGAUCAAAAGAGUUAUCUGUUUUACGAGAGACAAGUUCAUAAAAUGAAAGACAUGCGGCGAAAAUUUGAUUUCACCAAUUUAUUGCUGGAAAAACAUAUUGAAGUGAAUAUGGGAAAAAGUGUGAUUCGACCGGAGAAGUUCAAUUCCACGUGGAUACAUUUUAGUUGGAAUGUGGAUUUUGAGAAGGGAAUCAAUGUGAAAAGUCAUUUUAUGAAACACGUGAAAAUUGUGGAAAAUGUUUCGAAUGCGGCUAGAAAGUUGAAGAUUGCAGAGAAGUUGCAAUCGGGUUUUGAGAGGUGGGAUUUUAAAAAAUUCUGUUUUGUAGUUGCUCAAAGAUUUUCUAAAAAAAAUUAUUUUUAUGUAUUUUCUCAAAUUCGGUCACCUGAAUUUGACAUUUUUUGCAAAUACAUCACAUUUUAUGGUCUUUGAAGUAUUAAAUUUAGCAAAAAUACAUAUUUCUUUUUGAAAACCAAGUUGAAGUUUAAUAUUUUCUCAUUUUCCAGAAUUCACAAAAACCUCUCGCUGCACAAAAUGCCCACUAAUUUCUAUUUCAAUCUAAUUCGCACUUGUUACAACGAAAUCUACUACAAAACCGGCUUUAUCCAAGGCAAACUCAAUUCGAAAUGUUUGAACCCGGAAAGUUGCGAUUAUCCUCAAGUGAAACGUAUAAAAUGCGUUCAUUCUGAUGCUAAAUAUGAACACGGUCCGAAAAUGGGCCGAUUUACUUUUCAUUGGAUCGAAAAACAAUUUUGGAAUCGAACUUACGGUUGUUAUCCGUGA